AUGAGACACAAUCUAUUGCCGGCCAUUGUUGGUCUUUCCCAAUUCGGCUCUCUGGCCAAUGCCCAGUCUUCUGCCACAACAAUCACUGUUCCCACUGGUACACCCAUCUCUGGUGAUUACAAUGGCACCUAUCGUCCCCAAGUUCACUUCUCACCACCUCAACAUUUCAUGAAUGAUCCAAAUGGCAUGUUUCGUGACGCUGACGGCCUGUGGCAUUUGUACUAUCAGUACAACCCUACAGCUGUCGUCGCUGGCAACCAACACUGGGGACAUGCAACAUCAAAGGACUUGUAUCAUUGGGUAAACCAGCCUAUUGCCCUAUUCCCACCAGAGGAUGAUACAUUCGUCUUCUCUGGAAGUGUGGUUAUCGACGAGAACAACACUUCUGGUUUCUUCCCGGAUCAAGACAAUGGCGUCGUUGCAAUCUAUACUCUAUCAUCACCAACAAUCCAGGAUCAAGCUAUUGCGUACUCCCGAGACGGAGGUUACACCUUCGAACCUUACGAGGGAAACCCGGUUAUCAACAGCACGUCUAACCAGUUUCGUGACCCCAAGGUCAUUCGUUACAAUGACUCGUGGAUCAUGGUGGUUGCAUACCCUCAAGACUUUGCUAUCGGCAUCUUCGAAUCUUCUGAUCUGAAAGAGUGGACUCCCACCAGUAACUUUUCUCACCAUGGCUUGCUCGGCCUGCAGUAUGAGUGUCCCAACAUGAUUCCUAUCCCAUACAUCGAUGAAGAUGGCGAGAGACAAGAUGACAUGUGGCUCAUGGUGAUCAGCAUCAACCCAGGUGCUCCCCUAGGAGGUUCUGUCGCUGAGUACUUCCCUGGCCACUUUAACGGUACUCACUUCGAGGCUGUUGAUGGCGCUGCAAGAAUCGCAGAUUUUGGAAAGGACAACUAUGCCGGACAAUGGUUCUACGGCCUUUCCGAAGAUGAGAACCCUGUCUCCAUCGCUUGGGCAUCUAAUUGGCAGUACACACAAAUCGUCCCCACAGCAGAUGAAGGCUGGCGAAGUGCCAUGAGUCUUCCCCGUGAGAACUAUUUGACCAAAGCAAAGCGCGUAGGCUGGAAACUAGUAUCCAAGCCUUACGACCUCAGCACUGUUAUGGGUCGUGAGCUUGCUUCCAACGACAGCUUUGGCAACUCAACACUUACUGUGGACUAUUCCGAUGUUGAAUCUAACGCGAUAUACUGGGAAGUCAACGUAACCGGCAUCCCAGACACUGGCGUCGCAUCAACAGCAUCGAUGAAUUUCACAUUCCUGUCUCCUGUCAGCGGCGAAAGCAUCAAGGCCGGCUACUAUUUCGGUGGCGAUUCAGUGUACUUCCUGGACCGUGGCAACACUCACGCCUUCGACAACAUUUUCUUCACCGACAAAACGUCUCUUGCAAGCCUUGCGGCCAAUUAUGGCUCUUGGAAUACCAGUGGUGUCAUUGACCGGUCCAUCUUCGAAGGUUUCCUCAAUGGUGGUGUCGACAGCGUGACAAACACAUUCUUCGCUACAGAGCCAUUGACCCUCAUGGUAUUCAGCACAACCGAUUUACCAGAGGAUGUUAAAGUUAGCAUUAGUGUUUAUGCUUUGGAAAGUGCAUGGCGAGAGUUGGAGGGCGAUGACGGACUUGUGCAUGGGAACACAACUUCUAGCGAAGACUAG